AUCUAUGAUUGACAUUUUAGCUUUAAGAAAGUGAAAGACUUAAAAUUUGGCAAGAGAGAUGCAGAUGUACGAUGUGGGGCACUACAAUUGGUUGAAACACCAACUUAAAUCUUGGUUCUGACCGAACAGCAAAAAGAAAAACCCCAAUCAGGAAAACAACGUGAGAACUGAAAUCUGUAAGAAAAUUCACGUCUUCUGUUCAUUCUAUUUACCUUUAUUAUCAAGAAUCACUCUACCCCAUCACACCAAACAUCACUAUUUUUCACCAAUUCCACAAUCACAAUCACAAUCACAAUCCCAUAACCUUUUUGGUAUACAUAUAUAGGAAUAUAUAAAAGUGUUUAUACAGUGGGAUGAGAUGAUAAAGAUGGCAGCAGUUUCAGUGGGGAAUGGGAAUGAGGUAUGGAGAGCUCAUGGAGCAAUGGCUAUGAUACAGCUACUGUAUGGUGGGUACCAUGUAAUUACCAAAGUGGCUCUCAAUGUUGGAAUGAAUCAAAUUGUCUUCUGCUUAUAUCGGGAUCUUCUUGCUCUCUCCAUUCUUGCCCCUGUCGCCUAUGUUCGCGAAAAGUAUGGGGUAAAUCUGUCUUGUAUUGGAUAAACCUAUUUACCAAGAUGGAGCAAAUGAGCUUACACCAAGUUUUGCAGCUAGGAUUUGGACCUAGGAUCCCCAGGCGGUCAAGAAUUCCUUUAAAUAAGCGGCUUCUACUAUCAUUCUUCAUUCUAGGAUUAACCGGUAUUUUUGGGAACCAACUUUUGUUUCUUUUUGGUCUUGGCUACACAAAUCCAACUUAUGCUGCGGCCGUGCAACCUGCAGUACCAGUCUUUACAUUCAUAUUUGCAGUAUUGAUGGGUACAGAAACAGUGAAGCUCUUUACAGUGGAAGGUCAAGCAAAGGUUGGAGGUACAAUUGUUUGUGUUUCUGGGGCUAUUUUAAUGGCCAUCUUCCGUGGACCUGUGGUUUUUGGAAACAGAGACUCAGAAUUCAUAGGACAUAGUGAUAUAAGUGCUAGGGGUCAGCCAGAGCCCACUGGAUGGUUAAUGUCAAGAUUUCUGGAGUUGGGGUUCGAUGAUUGGCACCUUGGAGUUUUAUGCUUAAUAGGAAACUGUAUGUGCAUGGCGGCAUACUUAGCCAUCCAGGCUCCAGUUUUGGCAAAAUACCCUGCGAGUAUAUCAGUGACAGCAUAUUCCUACUUUUUUGGUUGUCUUUUAAUGAUAGCAACAGCCUUCUCGAUGACUAAUGAGUCAACAGACUGGAACUUGACACAAUCGGAAGUUUUCGCUGUGUGCUAUGCCGGUAUUGUUGCUUCUGCCCUGAACUAUGGGAUGUUGACAUGGUGCAACAAGAUUCUUGGCCCUUCUAUGGUUGCUCUGUACAAUCCACUUCAACCUGCUGCUUCAGCAUUCCUAUCAAGAGUUUUCCUUGGGAGCCCGAUUUACCUUGGAAGCAUAUUGGGAGGAUUUCUCAUUAUAGCUGGGCUUUAUUUGGUAACUUGGGCAUCUUACAGACAGAGGCAGGCAGCCAUUGGAACUGUUCCUCAUACUUCGCGGUCGUCAGAUCCUCCAAUCCAAUAUCAGCUAGGACAUCUUUUCUCCCUUCCUACUUCCUCAAUACCAAAGAUCAUUGAUUAGAUAGUGUUGUGGAUAUUCAUAAUAAACUUCCUUUACUUGAUAACUUUCAUGAUCAUUUGUACAAUUUUAUCUAGCCUUUUAACCUGCACUAGUCAGAAAGCAUAUAAACUCUUUCGACUCAGUUUUCAGUCAACAGUCUUUAAUUGUGCCAAACGAUUUUGUUACAUAAAUACUUCUUUUCAUCAAA